AAAUCUUCGGUUUCAGUUCUCGUCAUCGUCAAUUAUGAUUCUGAGAAAAAUAACGAUGUGGUAAAAGGAAUAAAACACCCUUUAAUUAAUAGUUGGAGUUUCUGGAUGUUUACCAAUAAAAAGUCUGUCUGGGAACAAAAUCUUAUAAAACUGACUACGUUUGAAACAGUUGAAGAUUAUUGGUGUUUGUAUCAUCAUAUGAAAUGUCCUACUGAACUCGAUCUUGGGCAAGAAUACGCUAUAUUCAAGAACGAUAUUCGUCCUAUGUGGGAAGACAAGGCCAACAAAUUCGGUGGCCGAUGGGUGAUUAAUUUUGAAAGAAGACAAAAUUCAGAUAUUGACUCCGUGUGGUUGUAUGUGGUACUUCUUUUGAUUGGUAAUAACUUUGAGAAUAACGACGCUAUUUGCGGAACAGUUGUGAGUAUACGUCAAAAGAGUAAAAUAGGUAUUUGGGUAAAUGAUUCGAAAAACAAAAAAGCUGUUGAGGAAAUUGGAAGAAAAUUAAAAGUUAGUUUGGGCAUCCAAAGCAAAAUUAACUUUCACGCACAUAAUACUAAUAAAAACAUGUUCACUUUUUAACCUAUGUAAAAUUUUAUGACAAUAUUCACACAUAAUAAAUAAAAAGAAGUAUUAAAGCCCUUAUUAAGUCUGUGAUAGAAUUCAAUUGUUAAUUAUUGUAGAUUGUCUACACACACAAAUUAAAUACUUCAAUUUUGAUUUAUGGCAAGCGGUUGUUAUUAAAAUAAAAAUAAAUAUUAAUGUUUCAUAUAAAGUAAUAUACAAUUUUGUAGAGUUUUUAUUCGUUUCUUUCCGAUGUGAAUCAAUUUUAAAUUCAAAAUCAGCACAUGAAAUCAUCACCAGUAGUUAUUAUAUUAAUAUUAACUCUCUGGGUACAUUUGGGCUAUGAACAAGAUGAGUAAGUAGUUGGGGUGGCCAAAUUAUAACACAACAUUGAAACAAUAUAGUUCUAAUUUUACGACAAGUUGGUAAUAAUUAAUUUAUGACGCUUUGAAAUUCAAGUAACCUGACAUGUCUUGGAUUUCUCCUACGUAAAAAUACAUUUCACUAUUUUGGGGUCUUGUAAUCUAUUCCUAUUUUAAAACAUAUUACAGUAUUUGACAUAUAUAGAUAUUUAUAAUGAAUCGAAUUAAAUAUUAUUAAAGGUCAAUCAAGGUUUCUUGCACUGUGAGUACUAAACUAACAUUAUUUAUCUAUUCGGAAUUAGUGAAUAAUAUUCCCAAAUUAUAUAUUACUAUUAUCACUAAUAUUAUUCAUUAAUUCCGAUUCAUUCGCAG